CACCACGCAUCUGAUGACGCAGCGCGCAGGCGGUCAGCUGCCCGGCGGGACUCAACGCGGACGGACACACCGCCAAAAAACUAAAGCAUCUCGCUCAGAACUGAGAGCCCACCAUGGGAUGUGAAGACUGAGGUGCAGUCACCAUGAUUGGAGGACUGUUCAUCUACAAUCACAAGGGGGAGGUCCUGAUCUCCCGAGUCUAUCGGGAUGACAUAGGACGUAAUGCGGUGGACGCGUUCCGGGUGAACGUGAUCCACGCCCGCCAGCAGGUGCGCUCACCCGUCACCAACAUCGCCCGCACCAGCUUCUUCCACGUCAAGCGCUCCAACAUCUGGCUGGCUGCUGUUACCAAGCAGAAUGUCAACGCCGCCAUGGUCUUCGAGUUCCUCUACAAAAUGUGUGACGUGAUGGCGGCCUACUUCGGCAAGAUCAGCGAGGAGAACAUCAAGAACAACUUUGUGCUGAUCUACGAGCUGCUGGACGAGAUUCUGGAUUUUGGAUACCCUCAGAACUCUGAGACCGGAGCGCUGAAGACGUUUAUUACACAGCAGGGCAUCAAAGGUCAGCAUCAGACUAAAGAGGAGCAGUCCCAGAUCACCAGCCAGGUGACCGGUCAAAUCGGUUGGCGUCGCGAGGGAAUCAAAUACCGCCGCAAUGAGCUGUUCCUGGAUGUGCUGGAGAGUGUGAAUCUGCUCAUGUCUCCACAGGGUCAGGUCCUGAGUGCUCACGUGUCUGGCCGCGUGGUCAUGAAGAGCUACCUGAGCGGGAUGCCUGAGUGCAAAUUCGGCAUGAACGACAAAAUCGUCAUCGAUAAGCAGGGCAAGGGCGGAGCCGGCGACGACGCCGGGAAGAGUGGGAAGCAGUCCAUAGCCAUCGAUGACUGCACCUUCCAUCAGUGCGUCCGUCUCAGCAAGUUCGACUCGGAGCGCAGCAUCAGUUUCAUCCCUCCUGACGGAGAAUACGAGCUCAUGAGGUACCGCACCACUAAGGACAUCAUCUUGCCUUUCCGGGUCAUCCCACUGGUCCGAGAGGUCGGCCGCACCAAGCUGGAGGUGAAAGUGGUCAUCAAGUCCAACUUCAAGCCCUCACUGCUGGCACAGAAGAUUGAGGUGCGAAUCCCGACCCCUCUGAACACGAGUGGAGUGCAGGUGAUCUGCAUGAAGGGGAAAGCGAAGUACAAGGCCAGCGAGAACGCCAUUGUGUGGAAGAUCAAGCGCAUGGCUGGAAUGAAGGAAUCUCAGAUCAGCGCUGAGAUUGAGCUGCUGCCCACCAACGACAAGAAGAAGUGGGCUCGUCCUCCCAUUUCAAUGAACUUUGAGGUCCCGUUUGCGCCAUCCGGUCUGAAGGUGCGCUACCUGAAGGUGUUCGAGUCCAAGCUGAACUACAGUGACCACGAUGUCAUUAAAUGGGUUCGCUACAUCGGCCGCAGCGGCAUCUACGAGACGCGCUGCUGAUUGGCUGCUGGCCAGAGGGGCUGGUCGUCUUCUGGCCCUCGUCUCGCCUUUCCUCUCAAGAUAUGUGGAUCAGUUAUACACAUAAAAUGAAAAAAAAAAAACACACAGAAAAAGACAAAAUAUCGAAUUAUGCAAAAUGUGAAAUGUAUCCUGUCUGUCGGUAUGAGUGUAUUAAAGAAGAGGCCCAGCAUUCAGAGCAGGGAGCCACAGUUUGGUGAAAACACAACCACUUUACCCAAAAUGUAGUCCAUCAACCCAAGACAGGAAGAUUGCUUCUGGAGUUUGGCAUUAGAGCCGCAAAGCUAAGGUUGUUAACACCUAACAAAAGCCCACCAAUUAGCCUCGUAGUGGUUAUAAGCUUCCAUUACUUCUGUCAGACUUUAGUCCCACAACGGGGAAUUUUCACCUCCCAUCCGUGCAGUGAAACACCACAUACACUCUAGUGAGCACACACACUUGCCCAGAGCGGUGGGCAGCCCUAUCCGCAUCGCCCGGGAGGCAGUUGGGGGUUAGGUGUCUUGCUCAAGGGGAUCAAACCGGCGACCUUCCGGUCACAAGGCCAGCUCCCCAACCUCCAGCCCACGACUGCCCCUUGUUAGCUACAUCGGCCGUGUAGCUCCAAUGCAAAACUCUAGCAAAUGUGUCUUGGCUCAACUACAUCUGGAGUGAAGUGGAAAAUGUCUCAAUUUGUUUUUUCCAUCAAACUAUUCCUUUAAGAUCAGAGUGACCAGAGCGAGUGGUCUCUUAUGCCCUCUUUCAGAGUGUGGUGGACUUUUGGAGGUCAGGCUCAGGUCUCGUGGGGCCACAGCUAUCUAGAUUUGAGUCUGAGUGGCAUUUCACUAAGCAGAGACCAGCUGUGAUUUCCUUAAGUCCAAACUCGUACCUGUCCGCUAGGAGAAGAGGUAAGGGAUGGUCAUACUGGACAGUCCUAACUUUAGGCUGAAGUUAUCAAGCUAGACUGAGAAACGCUCCUUUGUGAUCCAUCUGGGUUUUUUACGUUAGGCGCUGUGGCCUGCAGGACUAAAAUCUAACAGGCUUUAGAGGUUGUUCCGCCCGUCCGUAGCGGUCAGCUGGCUUUUCAUCUGCUCAUUCUUCACUGGUCACUCUCUGUGUCUGAUCUGCUCUGUAACACGGUGACUGUUCAGUAAAAAUGUAUAAUGGGAAACA